AUGGCGGAGAUGACGUGCGGGUUUUUCAUUUUCUGUUUACCUUGCAUUCCCAAGAUUAUCACGGAGACCGGCGCCAUCCGCAAAAUCAAAAGAGUCUUGGGUAUGAAGACUACGACCACCAAGCCCAGUGGAUACUCGGAGAACUAUGGAACCGGGAUGUCAGCUUAUGGUAGUUCCUCCUACAAGAUGAGUAACAACAUCAGAAGGGAAAAGCAGAAAGGGACCGAGUCAAUGGAAUAUCUACACGAGAGUAUACUCGAGGCAGGGGGGAUCAUUCAGGAAUCUCGCGCCGCUAGUGAGGAUGAGAGCAAGAACGCUGCUUGUCCAUAUAUUUCCAGGACGCAUCAUGUCGAGUAG